AUGAAUUUUCUCACAAUUUCUUUUUAAAUAACUAAAGUUACUGAAACUAAAAUUAUAAUCUAAAAUUAAUUUUCUGCUUAAAGAUAAAAUCCCAUUUUUCAUACUUCUUCUUCUCAUAAAGUAAAUAUAUUAAAUGCAAUAGUUUUAAGUUAUGUUAGAACUGAUCUUUAAACAGAUUGCUCUUAACUUUUAGUCUCUAAGUCAUUUUUUUCCAGCAGAAGUGAAUGCUUAAUAAAUUAAGGUGGUCCCAGCAAUCUAACAAACAACGAUGCAGAAUUUGCAGGGCGCAAAAUAAAUUCAAUGCAAAUCAGAUAAUAAGAUAGUGCUUUCAACUAACAAUUGCAAAUCAGAUACUACUUUUGUGAUAAAAAAAAGUUCGUAAUAAUUUUGCUAAAAAUUAAUUAAAACAAUUAAAUGAAUCUCUCCUUUUUCUAAAAUUUAUGA